AUGGCAGACGUUCGCGCCCUCCUCGCAGCAGAACGCCAAAGUCGACGAAUUUCACAUCCUCACUUGACGUAUACCAAGUCCGGUGCACUAAUAUGUAAUGUAUGCCAACUGAAUGUCAAGUCCGAGUCGCUAUGGGAGGGACAUCUACGAAGUGCCAACCAUAGAAAGAACGCCAGAACCGCGCAGGAGGCCAGCCAGAAGAGUCUCAAGCGCAGGAGAGACGACGAUGACGACGGCAAAGAGGAUGAGCAAAGUACAGACAAGCCAAAUGCAGACAUCGAGCGGAGGAAAAUGCCGAAAUCUCGAGCAACCAGUCUUGCAGAGCGGGAAGCAAAAGUGAGGUUUCAGGAAGAGCCGGAAAUCGUGCCACCGAUGCCCUCUCGACCUGCACAAGAGACACCAGACGAUGAUCCCUCGGUCGAGCCAGAUGCCAUCGUUCCUCCAGCAGUGGUGUCGACGACGGCUCCUGUGCAACCACCCGCGGCGCCCUCAAAUCCAGCAGUCGACGAAGACGAAUGGGCAGCCUUCGAGGCCGACAUCGCGCCCUUGGCCUCGGCACCUCCGUCGGCAGAGGCGCCCGACUACUCCGCCGCAACCAUCUCUGCUGCACCCCUGUCGGCCGCGCAAUUGGCGGAGCAACAGGCCGAGGACAAGCGGAAACAACAGGAACUGACUGCGGAGGACGAGCAGGAGGACGAGAGGGGAAGAAUGGAGGAAGAGUUUGAAAUCAUGGAGGAGAUGGAGGAACGGGUACGAAAGCUGAAAGAGAUGAGGGAGAAGCUGCGAGCUAUUGGUGGGCUGCCGCCAGAUGAGAUGCAGCCUGAACCGCCAGAACAGGUCGAAGUGACAGAUGCGACGAAAGGGGAGGAGAGUGAGGACGUUGAUGAUGAUGAGAGUGACCCAGACGACUGGUACCACUAG